AUGUCUCUGCUCCAUUUGUUGUCUGACCGGGCUGAAAAAACGCAAAUGUUCAAAAUGAAGCUUUACGGACCUCUGAUUUUCCUUCUUACUGUCUCUGCUGCAUAUGGAUUGAAAUGUUACCAGUGCAUCAAUGCUAAACCGGAAUCCUGUAAAUCCAUUGAAUCCUGUACGAAUGGUACCAACCAGUGCUACUCCAUAAAAGUACCUGUUCUGGGCACUGUCACAAAGGGAUGUAAACCGUCCGCUAUACCAUGCAUAAGUCCUACUACUUGCUGUGAAGGGAACCUGUGCAAUGGAGCCACACCAACAGCUCCCGGUGUCUACCUGCUGCUGAUGUCUUCUGCUCUCUUCGUGCUCUCCAUUUCAGGCCCUGGGUUGGUUCUGUAACACUUAAUCGUGUAGAUUAAAUGUGUGUAACUGAAGACUAAACAAACUAAUUUCAAGCAUCAAGUCUCUGGUACAUUUUGAAACUGUACAGACCCAAAAACAGACAAGCAUUCAAGUGACCAAAAAAUAUAUAUUUCACAUAAAUUUGUUCGGAAAAAUAGGGGUUACCUGUACUGAUGCAAAUGUUGAACACAACAGAGCCAAACUCAUCCAAUGCACUGUAUUUAUAUAGCAGAUUUAAGAAAACACAAUACUGAGAAACUGAGGUGCAUAGAUUAACACUCACACACCCAAUAUAUUAAGAAUAGAAACAUUAUACAAACUUUUGUAUUGCUGGUUAAUUGUUAGAAUUUGUGAAUUGAUUAUUU